AUGAAAUAUUUUGAGUGCACAAAUUUUUAUAAUGUAAAUAUUCUAGACUGGCUAAUUUCUCAAAAGAAUUUUUCUGGAAACCACCAUUCACCUCAAGAUGCUAUUAAUGCCUUUAAAAAAACUAUUUCAUCCUUUUACAAGAGUGAACAUGAGAAGAAAACAUUUAUAAUCAGUAAAUUACAGAGGGAUGAAAAAGUAAUUAAAGAAGAUUGGGUAAACAUUAUAUCAAAUAUAAAUGGAUAUAGAACCUUCUUAGAAAUAGAAAGAAAAUAUAAAAUCAAUCGUGAAAAUCGGUGGUCUAAGAUGGUUUUAGAUAAUAUGGAAAUGAUCAAACCCAAAUCAGAACAAAAAUAUUUGACUGAAUUCAUUAAACAACUUAAACAAAUCUCACAAAAUCCUGAACAAUUCGAAAUUUGUGACAUUAAGUUGGACAGCAUCAAUGAUCAAUAUUAUCUAAUUGUAGAUAAUAAUGAUCCUUAUCCUCCAGAACCCCUUAAUUUGCAUGUUACUGAAUGGAUUAAAACUCAUAUUAAUGAUACAGAGUAUGCUCAAAUUGAAGACGAGUUAUGGAUUAUUAAAUUUAUAAAAACCUUCAAAAAUAUCCAAAAGAAAUUCGUGGGUUUUAAUAUAGAAGACAUGUCAGAAAAAUCCUGGCAUAUAGAAGUUUUGUAUCCGCUGUUCAGAGUUUUGGUUUCAGGAUUAAAGUAUCUAAAAUUUAAGAUGGAUGAAUCUUUCACAAAUUCUAGUCGAGAAGCCAGUAGAGACAGUAAAGGAUCUUCAAUUUCAUCAUCACCAUGCUCAAAUAAUACACCUAUUUCAUCAUCACCAU